AUGGCUUCCUUUCGCUUGGAAAUCGAGGAUGGCCAGUUCCGUGACCGCCACGGCCGGCAGGUCGUCCUCCGCGGCAUCAACAUGGCCGGCGACUCCAAGCUCCCGAGCGAGCCCAACCAGCCGUCGCACGUCGUCGACGACUUCUUCGACGGCGACAGCGUCACCUUUCACCAGCGUCCCUUCUCCAAGGAGGAUGCGCCCACUCAUUUCGCCAGGAUAAAGCGCUAUGGCUUCAACACGGUUCGCUACAUAUUCACCUGGGAGGCAAUCGAGGCCGCCGGCCCCGGCAAGUACGACGAGACCUUCAUCCAGCACACCAUCGAUAUUCUGAGGAUAGCAAAGUCGUAUGGGCUCUAUGUUUUCAUGGACCCUCACCAGGACGUCUGGUCGCGCUUCACCGGCGGCUCCGGCGCCCCCAUGUGGACCAUCUAUGCCUGCGGCCUGAACCCCGAAAGCUUCGUUGCCACCGAGGCCGCCCUUGUCCACAACACCUGGGCUGAGCCCGACAAGUUCCCCAAGAUGAUCUGGGCCACAAACUACUUUCGCCUCGCCGCCGGCACCAUCUUCACCCUCUUCUUCGCCGGCAAGGACUUUGCCCCAAAGUGCGUCAUCGACGGCGUCAACAUCCAAGACUACCUGCAAGGCCAUUUUGUCAAUGCCUGCGCCCAUCUCGCCAGGCGCAUACACGAGGCCGGCGACCUCGAGGAACAGGUCGUCGUGGGCUGGGAGAGCCUCAACGAGCCCAACAAGGGCAUGGUUGGCUACGCUGACCUGGCCGUCAUCCCCAAGGAGCAUCCCCUGAAGAAAGGAACCUGCCCGACCAUGUGGCAGACCUUCUUGACGGGAAUGGGGCGCGCCUGCGAGGUUGACACCUGGGAUAUGGGCGGCCUGGGGCCCUACAAGACGGGAACGACUCUGGUUGAUCCCCGGGGCGAGGUGGCCUGGCUGCCGAAAGACUACGACGACUCCAAGUACGGCUGGAAACGAGACCCAAACUGGAAACUGGGCGAGUGCAUCUGGGCCCAGCACGGCGUGUGGGACCCUUCCACCGACACACUCCUGAAGAAGGACUACUUCCACAAGAAGCCCGCCACCGGCAAAACGCUAGACUAUCCCGAGUUCACCAACACGUACUUUAUGGACUUCUGGAGAAAAUAUAGUCGGGCUUGCCGGAGCCAGCACAAGAACUGCAUCAUGCUGCUGCAGUAUCCGACGCUGGAGCUGCCGCCCCUGAUCAAGGGAACCGAGGACGACGACCCGAGGAUGGCGUUUACGCCUCACUUUUACGACGGCAUCACGUUGAUGACGAAGCACUGGAACAGCACCUGGAACGUCGAUGUCAUCGGGGUGCUCCGAGGGAAGUAUCUCCACCCCGUCUUUGCCAUCAAGCUCGGCGAAACGGCGAUUCGCAAUUGCCUCAAAGAACAGCUGGCAACUCUGCGGCAAGAGGGGCUGGAUCGCACCGGUAAACACCCAUGUAUCCUGACAGAGUUUGGCAUCCCCUAUGACAUGGACGACAAGAAGGCAUAUAAGACGGGCGACUACUCGAGCCAGUCGGCGGCCCUUGAUGCCAACUACUUUGGCGUCGAGGGCUCGCAGAUAGAGGGGCAUUGCCUGUGGCUCUACUGCGCGACCAAUGACCACGAACGAGGCGACCAGUGGGAUGGCGAAGACUUGUCUAUUUUCUCUCUCGACGACAAAGUGCCACCUCAGUCUCCCCUUCCCAAGAUCACUCUGCCCAACCAGUCGGCGACCAGCCUCCUGCGUCUCUCUGCCAUGAACAGGGAGGGGGGCGACGACGAAACCGUGACGCCCGGCAACCUUCAGCGCACCCUCACGAACCCGUCCAUCAGCUCUAGCAUGUCGGCCAAGGACCCCGAAUUGACAAACGCGCCUGGCUACCGUGCGGCCGAGGCCUUUAUCCGACCGACACCGACGGUGGUGGCCGGAGACGUCAUCACGAGCGGCUUUGAUCUGCGGCGAUGUACCUACAGUCUCAAGGUCAAGGCCCCCAAGGCAGCGACGGACGAGGUGCCCACCAUUGUGUUCCUGCCCGAGUUUCACUUCCCCAAAGACCAGUGCGAGGUGACGGUGUCGUCUGGCAAGUGGGAGAUUAGCUCAGACGAAGACGAGGGCCCUUGGCUGCAGAGGCUGCGGUGGUGGCAUGCGGCUGGUGAGCAGAGUCUGACGGUGCGAGGGACAGUCAGGCAACAUAACGCUCUGCAGGGGUCGGCCGAAGAAGCGGGCUACCUGGAGCAGUGCCAGCAGGGCUACGGGUUCAACAUUGGAAGCUGUGUUGUCAUGUAA